UAGGUGACACUGAAACGUGUUCCUCACUUAGCCUCGUAUUCUGAGUGUCAGUGUCACCAGUACAGGGAGCGAAUGUAAUACUUUUCUUCUCAUGGCUGCUUCAAAUGAAUCUGACCACCUUCUUUUUGCACCCACCGACAUAGGUAAUUUAUGCUAAUAAGUGGGAUCGAAAAGCUAAAGAGGAGAGAGAGAAGAAAUAAAAUGGAGAGCGCCGGUGUAGUUUCAACCACAACUCCGACGUCUUUCAGGCUCCGAUGGGACGUGUUCCUCAGUUUCAGAGGCGAAGAUACUCGUCACGGCAUCACCAACACCCUGUACUGCUCGCUUGUGAGAGAAGGCUUGCGAGUCUUUCGAGAUGAUGACGCUUUGAGACGUGGAGACGAGAUCGCACCGAGUUUGGUGGAAGCCAUCGAAGACUCGGCUGCAUUCGUUGUCAUUCUCUCUGAAAAUUACGCUUCCUCCCAUUGGUGCCUUGAAGAAUUGGCCAGGAUCUGCGAGUUCCAUAGCCGGUGCCGUAGACUGGUUCUGCCUGUGUUCUAUGGGGUUGACCCCUCUCAUGUUCGAAAACAGAUGGGACCUUUUAAGGAAGCCUUCUUUAGCCACGAAAACAGAUUCGGAGAAAAACAGGCCAACAGAUGGAGGGAAGCCAUGGCCAAAGUUGGCUCCCUAGCUGGUUUCGUUAAAAGUGAUGAAAAGGAAUUGAUUCGGGUUCUGCUGAGAGAAGUUCUGCAACAUGUGAAUAAUACACCUGUGGAAGUAGCAACCUACGCAGUUGGACUGGAUACGCGGGUGACACAGCUAAUAAAUCUGUUAGACGUGAAGUCCAGUGGCAUUAAUGUUGUGGGGCUUCAUGGAAUUGGUGGGAUUGGGAAGACAACCCUUGCCAAGGCUGUCUUUAACAAGAUACUCGUACACUUUGACCAGCGCAGCUUUAUCUCAAAUGUCAGAGAACUUUCAAAACAAGAAGACGGUUUAGUAUCUCUCCAGAACAAACUCAUUGGUGAUCUCUUCGGUUCCACUGGUAAAUUUCAUCUUCCUGCCGAUGAAGUCGAUGCUAAUGCCUCGAGAAUCAGAAAGAUUAUUCAUGAAGAAAGGGUUCUAAUUGUCCUGGAUGAUGUCGACCAAGAAAACCAACUGAAUGCACUAGGACUAGGUGCAAGAGGCAAAUGGCAAACUGAUGGCAGUAUUCGGAUCAUUAUUACAACAAGAAAUAAAGGAGUUUUAAAUGAAUGUUAUGUAAAUCGGACUUACGAGGUCGGGGAAUUGCAUUUUGAUCAAGCACUAGAACUUUUCAGCUAUCAUGCGCUCAGAAGAGAGAAACCAACAAAAGAGUUUGAGAAAUUGUCCAGGCAACUUGUAGCUCUCACUGGGAAUUUACCUUUGGCUUUGGAAGUGUUCGGUUCGUUUUUGUUGGACAGGAGGAAGGUAACAGAAUGGGAAGAUGCUUUGAACAAGUUGAGAGAUGUUCGUCCACACGAGCUUCAAGAUGUGCUGAAGAUAAGCUUCGAUGCGCUAGACAGAGAAAAUCAACGCAUAUUCCUAGAUUUAGCCUGCUGUUUUCUCAAUUUGCAUACCAAGAGAGAGGACAUAAUUGAUGUAUUGAGAGGAUGUGGUUUCAAAGCUGAAAUAGGGUUACGAGUUCUUGAGGAAAAAUCUCUGAUUAAGUUCACUGAGGGCGAUGCUCUUUGGAUGCAUGAUCAACUUAGGGACAUGGGAAAAGAGAUUGUGCAAAAUGAAAACGACGAUCCUGGAAUGCGCAGCAGGCUCUGGGAUCGAAACCAAAUCAUGACUGUCCUGCAAAAUAACAAGGGAACAAGAAGAAUUGAGGGUAUUGUGAUGGACAUGAAGAAAGUCGAGAAUGGGAAUCAGGCGGUAGUCUGUACAAAACCAUUUAAAUCAAUGGUUAAUCUAAGAUUGCUUCAAGUGAAUCAUGUGAAACUCGAAGGAAAGUUUAAAUUUGUUCCGCAUGAACUCAAGUGGCUUCAAUGGCAAGGAUGUGCAUUGAAAACUCUUCCUGCUGAUUUUUGUCCUCAAAAGCUUGCUGUCCUUGAUCUCUCAGAAAGCAAAAUCGAACAGCUAUGGAGCUCUUACUCUAACAACGUUGCUGAAAACUUAAUGGUCAUAAACCUGCGUGGUUGCCCUCAUUUGGCUUCUCUUCCUGAUUUAUCAGGACACAAAAACCUGCAAAAGAUUGUUCUCGCGUAUUGUGUAAAACUGAUAAACAUUGACAAGUCAGUUGGUACUUUAAUUUCCUUGCACCACUUGGAUAUGACAGGCUGUUUAAACCUUGUUGAAUUUCCUAGUGAUGUCUCGGGGAUGAAAAACCUUCAAACCCUUGUCCUCACCGAUUGCUCCAAUUUCAAGGAAUUACCUGAGGACAUAGGCAGCAUGAGGUCACUCAAAGAACUAUAUGUUAAUCGAACUGGCAUCGAGAAGCUGCCAGAAUCUAUUUACCGACUCGAGAAACUUGAAAAACUGAGCCUAAAUGGUUGCAUACAUAUCAAACAGUUGCCAAGAUGUGUAGGAAAGCUAGCUUCUCUCAAGGAACUUCAUCUUAAUGGAUCUGGAUUACAAGAAUUGCCUGAUUCUCUUGGAUCUUUGGAGAACCUGGAGAGAUUAAGUUUAAUAUCUUGCGAAUCAUUGACUGCAAUUCCUGAUACUGUUGGCAAUCUCAACUUAUUGAAAGAGUUGCUCAUAGAGGGUAAAGCAAUCACAGAGUUGCCAAAUUCUAUCGGCUCUUUAUCAUAUCUCAAGUGCUUGUAUGUUGGAGGCAUACAGAUGAGGAAAUUGCCAGACUCAAUUCGAGGACUGGUUUCUUCAGUGGAACUUGAUAUAGAAGGCACAUCAAUUACGGGUCUCCCAAGUCAGAUUGGUGAUUUGAGAUUACUUGAGAAGCUUGUGAUAAGGAAUUGCACUUCACUUGAAUCUCUGCCAGAUUCAACCGGGGGCUUGUUUGCUCUCACUUUUAUCAACAUAUUCAAGGCCAGUAUUACUGAGUUGCCAGAGUCUUUUGGGAUGUUGGAAAAUCUCAUCACGUUAAGAUUGAACGAGUGUAGAAAGCUUCAUAAACUUCCAUCCUCAAUGGGAAAUUUGAAGUCAUUGCAUCAUUUGUAUAUGAAGGAAACUGCUGUGACAGAAUUACCAGAAAGCUUUGGCAUGCUCACAUGUUUGAUGGUGCUGAACAUGAGAAAGGAUCCCAACAAGCAAGAGCAACCAAAUUCAUCAUUUGUAGCGUUGCCAGCAUCUUUCUCGAAUCUCUCAUCACUGCAAGAACUUGAUGCUCGGGCCUGGAGAAUAUGUGGUGAAAUCCCAGAUGAUUUUGAGAAGCUGGCAGCAAUAGAGAUUCUGGAUUUGGGUAGCAAUGAUUUUUAUAAACUACCAUCAAGUCUAAGGGGACUUUCACUUCUAAGAGAUCUCAAGCUGCCCAAAUGUGAAAAGCUUCAGUCCCUGCCUCCACUUCCCUCUAGUUUGGAGAAGUUGAAUCUUGCAAACUGUAUAUCAUUGGCGACAUUAUCUGAUCUUUCCAAUAUAAAAGGCUUACAAGAAUUAAACCUUACAAACUGUGAGAAAUUGGUAGAUUUGCCAGGCCUUGAGUCCUUAACGUCCUUGAGAGAAUUGUACAUGAGUAACUGCAGUACCUGCGCUUCAGCAGCAAAGAAAAGACUCUCUAAGGUUUAUCUCAAGAAUCUGAGAAAUCUAAGCAUGCCUGGAAGUAGAAUCCCAGAUUGGUUUACACAAGAUAUGGUUACCUUUUCAAGCCACAAAAUCCUUGAUCUCACUGGGGUGAUAAUCGCGGUUGUUGUUUCCAUUAACCAUGAUAAUCCAGAUGAACUGAGAUACCAGGUGCCUGCCGUGCCGGACAUUCAGGCACAGAUUUUCAAUGGCGAGGAGGCAAUAAUGACCACUGCAUUGAACUUAAUUGGGGUACCUAGAACCAACCAAGACAAUGUUCACUUGUGUCGAUAUCCCGCAUAUCGUCCCUUGGUUUCCAUGUUGAAGGAUGGUUUUAAGAUUAAAGUGACCAGGCGAAACCCGCCCUACGUAAAGGGCGUCGAGCUGAAGAAAGCUGGGAUUUUUCUAGUUUAUGAAAACGAUGAUGAUUAUGGUGGCGAUGAAGAUUCACUGGAUGAGAACCAGCAGUCUGUAUCAGAAAAAUUAGCCAAGUUUUUCAGCUCUCUUGAAGAAAAUGAUGGAGUUGUUCACCAAUCCAACUGCAGCCAUGAAAUAAAAGAAGAGCUUCAACUCCCAGGUAAGAAAAAAAAACGUCGCCCAAUCAACUCGUGCUGCAAUUGGUGCGGGAGGUUAAGCGUAAAAUCAUGAGAGAUCUCAAGGCGUGUAUGCCGAUUUCUUCACUCAAGUUGAACACAGUAUACAUUCUUAGGAUCCAUUUGGAUGGAUAAUGAAAUAAUAUUAGUGAGUUUAAAGACGAGGUGGUGAUUGUGAUUAAAAUUAAUAGUGAAAUAAAUGUAAUUUGGAUGUAAAUAACCAAAUAUAGUGAUAAUAGUUAAGGGAGUUGUAGUAAAAAGGUUAAAUGAUUAUGAAAGAUAUAUAAUUAAAGAAUAGUUAAUAUAUUUUUUUAGAAUUUUACCA